CUACUGCCCAGACUGGUGACAUGAAUGGACCAUGUGUCAAGUCAGAAGGAAAGAUGCGCGUUCAACUGGCAGACCCAUCUCAUAUGGGUGGUUCUUGGACUUACUCUUUUGUUCGUUUCUCCUGAUGCAGCCUGUCCAAUGACCAAGUUGUCCAGUCCAGAGGGAACAUCUGUAAUCCUCAACACAGGAUACAAGCCUACAGCUGCAGCAGAUAUAAUUUCUGUGGAGUGGAGCUAUGAUGAGGAUGAAUUGAUUAUGAGAUACUAUCCUGGCAUAAAGUUACUGGUCCAGCCAGCUUAUGAGGGAAGGGUUAGGUUUCAUGACGACACCUUCUCUCUGGAGUUGUCGAACGUGAAGAGGGAUGACAGUGGUUUAUACCACGGCAAAAUCACACAGAAGAAAACCAUCUGUGCUGGUUACAACCUUUCUGUCAUGGAUUUUACUUCUGAAGAAGGAAUGACCUCUACUCCAAGUCCAACAGCCCAGAGUACAAGUCCAGCAUCUCAUACUCAAAUUGUUCUCAUAGCGGCCGUUUUAUGCAUUGUGUUGCGUUGUAUGGGGCUAUAGAAUGGAUUUUUGUGACAAAAUGAAACAAAUAAAUGAAAGAUGAACUAAAUCACUAAAAGGUGAAAUAAAUAAAACAUAAAAUAUAU